AUGUCUGCGCGCCGUGAUAUUGCGGUUCUUUUCCUCACUCGCACGGUUCGCUUGACAGCUUACGGUACCAUUGGUGUCAUUUUGGCUCUGUACCUAAGCGCCAUUGGACUCGGCAAUGACCAGCUUGGGAUACUGCUAACCCUCACCCUUUUGGGAGAUUCGGUAAUUUCUCUGGCCGUAACGAGAUGGGCAGACCGCAUCGGACGGCGGUUCAUGCUCAUUUCCUCGUGCUUGCUGAUGGUCCUCUCGGGAUUGGUAUAUGGAGAAGUUUCACAUCCGUCCUUCGCACUGCUGCUAGUAGCGGCAACCAUCGGAGUGCUCUCGCCCAGCGGGAACGAGGUCGGUCCAUUCAUGGCUCUGGAGCAAAGCAUUCUAUCGGAGUUGGUGACACCGCAAAACCGCACGCACGUCUUCGCAUGGUACAACCUGGUGGGUUAUUCCGCGACCGCACUGGGCGCACUGGCGGCCGGCGGCGCCCUAACGUGGGCGCAGCGAGUGUACGGCAUUUCCGAGCUGGAGGGCUACAGGGCCGUGUUCCUGCAGUACGGCAUCAUCGGCGGAAUGUUGCUGGUGCUGUUCAUGCUGCUGACGGAACAGCGCAUCGUCGUACACCUUUCGGUGCUAUUCGCGGCAGACUCGUUCGCCGGGGGCUUGUUGACGGGAACCUUGCUGGCCUACUACUUCCAGACCAAGUACGGCGUCAGUACGGCGUACCUGGGCAGCCUGCUGUUUGGCGCCAACUUGCUCGCAGCCGUGUCGUCUCUGCUAAGUGGUUAUGUGGCGGCUCGGAUCGGCCUCAUCAACACCAUGGUUUUUACGCACCUGCCCUCCAACAUCCUCAUGCUGUUGGUCCCCUUGAUGCCAAAUCUGCGCCUCGCCGCUCUUAUGGUGUUUUUGAGGUUUUCCAUUUCUCAGAUGGAUGUGGCCCCGCGGGCGAGCUACGUGGCCGGCGUCGUACGUCCGGACGAGCGUACGGCAGCCAUGGGCAUCGUCAACAUCGCGAAAAGCAUCGGUGCGGCGUUUGGGCCGUUGCUGACCGGCUGGCUGGCGGAGCGGGGCCUUUUCCACUGGUCGUUCUACCUGUGCGGAGGACUGAAGAUUUUGUACGACCUAGCCCUGCUGUGGAGCUUCGCACACGUGAAGCCAGAGCACUAA